AUGUCAGGUACAAUGUACGACGAGCACGUUUAUGCACCCUCACGGCGCCAUUCAGUUGCUACUCCUCCCCCAUCCAUGACUCCACGACAUAGUCGGACCUGCAGUCAAAGUGUCAGAGUUAGCAACGGCACCGUGAGCACAAAUACAAGCGUUUCAAGUGGGAGGAUGUCGGAAGCUACAAACAUUACACAUCCGCCUGCAUAUUCCAAGAAGUUUGUUGUGGUUGGCGAUGGUGGAUGUGGAAAGACAUGCCUUUUGAUCAGUUAUUCCCAAGGUUAUUUCCCAGAGAAAUAUGUCCCUACUGUGUUCGAGAACUACAUCACACAAACCACCCACCGAGCCUCGGGCAAGACGGUUGAACUGGCCCUCUGGGAUACUGCUGGACAGGAAGAAUAUGACCGACUGCGUCCACUGUCAUAUCCGGAGACGGACCUGUUAUUUGUUUGCUUUGCGAUAGAUUGCCCUGCAUCAUUGGAAAACGUUAUGGACAAGUGGUAUCCCGAAGUUCUGCACUUUUGUCCCACUACCCCGCUCAUUCUGGUUGGAUUGAAAUCGGAUUUGCGCUCGAAGAGAACGUGUAUCGAACUUCUGAAGACCCAGGGUCUAACACCCGUGACGCCGGAACAAGGUGAGGCGGUGGCGCGCAGGAUGAAUGCCUCUUACAUUGAGUGUAGUAGCAAAGAAAUGCGCGGCGUCGACGGCGUCUUCUCCCUGGCAGUCGAUACCGUUGUCUCUGCCGAGGAGCAAGACUGGAGUGACCGCAAGACGUCUUCUACUCCCGGAAGCAAACCUAAAGUCGGUGGUGGUGGCGGAGGAAAGAAGGUCAAAAAGCGUUCCUGCAAGAUUCUGUAG